GUUGCAGUUUGCUUCGCCAAUUCAGCGCAGGUGCACAGACUUCGAACCGGCCUUUGGAGGCUCUUGGUUGCGUUCUUUCCCGGACGGCUCCAAGGAUCAAAGGGGUUUAGCGCUUCAUCGAUCUGCAGACCAGUUGAUCGUCAAUAUAAGUGCUAAUAGGUUAUCGCUUAAUACUCGUGAGAAACCAAGAAGAGAAAUAGAGAGGGAGCGAGAGAGAAUCAAUUAUCCAACAAGCGCUAUCUCUCCUGGCCUGGGAAAUGUGACUGGGAAGUAUUUGUCACGCUCUGACACUCGAUCGCUUGCGUGUAUGGUGGUAGUAGAUCGACCUAAAAUAGUUCCCUAUAGUGCCCGUAGUACAGUAGUGGUGUGCAUUAUCAGCGCCUUCGCUGACCGGUGCAUGCCUCUGUGUGUUCUGUUCGGACAGUUCCCCGGUUCCCUUCUCGGCGCACCGGUGUGUAUGCGUGAGCGUUUCGUUCUUUUUGUGCGGGUGAUCGCUGGUGUUAGUUGCGCGCGCGCGUCGCCCAUCCCGUCCGUCCAUCAUCUGCUCGGUUGCCGUCCGGAGAAAGCAACGCGUUAUCAUUCCGUGUGCUUCCAUCUCAGCAGUCGCUUCCCCGGGGAAGCUGUGAAGCUCUGUGAAGGUGCCGUCCUCUAACCAAAGAUUCGAUCGAUACGAGCAACGGGCAGCAGCAGCAGCAGCAGCCACCACUCGAUUGUACCUUUGGAACUGACCACUGAGUCAGGGUGUGACCAGCAGCCUCAGCAGUAGCAACAACAACAACAAGAACAACCUAUCAGCCAUGGGAAAGACCGCGGCAAUCAGUACAGUCGAUGAACAGGAGAUUGCCGAGGCACGCGGCACCACCGUCCCGGACAUGCUGUACGAUGUGGUGGCCCGUGUAGCGACGACCUCCAUUGGCCAGUUUGUGUACAAGCGGGUUGAUAAUUUGCUGUGGACGAUGGAAAAAACGGCCCGCUGGUCGCUACCACAACCCUCCCCGGUUGGCGGUGCUGUGUCGUCAAAGAAAUCGUCUCCGGAAGCGGAUGAGGACAUUGGAAGUAACAUUUCGGGACCACCGCUGAUACGACCGCUGCCCUGGUUACUCUUCCUUCCGGCACUGAUCGUGCUGCGCAUGGUGCGUAGUACGCUUUCGCUCGGUGCCCGCUUCAUUGGGCGCGGUCCCGUGCUGCCCUCGAGCAUGGUGGGCUUUCUGCAGAACAAACGGCGGAAGCUGCGCGCGCUCAAGUACCGCGGACAGCGGCUGCAGCGAAUCGCUAAGGUCGAGCAGGAAGCGGACCCCAAACAGGUGACCUGGCUGCAGCGGAUCAUUCUGCCGCUGAGGAUGGUAAUCUGCACGCGCCCUUACCGCACGAUCGAUACAAACUCGGACGUUGCGCACGCCGUCAUCUUCCGCAAGGAUCGGCCGGCUUCUUCCGCUGGACAGAAGCGCGUGGAAUCGAAGAAACGCAACCUCAACCAGCGCGAGGCGGAAAGUGAGGAAGAGGAGUGUAGCGAUGAAUAUUCCUUCGAGGAUGCGGGCUGCAAGGAGCUGCUGGAUAAGUACGCCAACGAGGAGGAUUCAAGCUUCAAUGUAGACAAUGCUUCGUCAAGCAGUUCCGACUGUUCUCUGUCCGAUGCUGAUCCUUCACCCAAGAAGCCUACCCUGGAGACGUCACUGGAGCAGAAGGAGCAGUCCCAGCCAAAACAAAACGGAGCACACCAACCACCAGCCAAACCCGACACUCUGAAGCGUUCGUCGAGCGAAAACAAGAACGGCGUUGAUUCGCAAUCCUCCGCCCCGAAGACGUCGUCUGCUCCGAAAACCAUCAACGCUGCCAAUCGAUCCAAAUCGGCCGCCGACUUGGAAAACGGCAGCAACACCCAGUCCUCGAACGGUACAACCGGACCGGAUGGUAAGAAUGGUUCCACCCCGAACACUACCACCACCCCUUCCAAGAGCAUCCCGAACCUGUCCAGCUCGCCGGAAAACAAUGAGAACAAACCGAUCAAUCAGAACGGCCCCGGAGGUCCGGCCGCAUCCAUUGCUGCUGCUGCGUCGCAGAUCAAAUCACCCUCGCCAACGGUUCUGAAAUCAUCGACGGCCAAGCAGUCCCCCAACAUGGGCGAAGUUCGCAACAACUUCCAGCAGCAAAAACAACCGAGCCAAAAGCAGCUGGCAACGUCGGGAUCGGCCGCUAAUCAGCAACCAUCCCAGCAGGCGGGACAGCAACAACAGCAACAACAACAACAGUACGUUAGUAAUGGAGCGAAAUCUCGCAACAAAAAGGGACCUACUCAGUCGAUUGCUUAGAAGCAAAACAACCGAAGAUGAUAAAGCUCACUUCCGUACCGUUUGCAGGGACACCCGUACCUGUACGCCUGCUUCCGCUUCCGCUGGUUCGCUAGCUGCGUUAUGGUUUUGUAAUAUGUAAUUUGUGUUUGUUUAUGUUAUGAAUACUGUUUAAACUAUGGGUCUGUUUUCUUCCUUUUUUGUGCUUUUUUUAAACCGUAGUGUGAAUCGCUGGUAGCGAUCGUUAAUAAAUUUUGCCCACGUGCGUCUUGUUUGAUGUUCUACACACGUAA